AUGGAUCCUCCAGUCAGAUAUCAACCCCGAGGCGGAAUUCUAAGCAAACCCCUGUACCUCGCCAUUCCUAUCCUUAUCGCCCUGUUCUUCACACGAUCGCCGUACUUCAUGGCCACCACAGCACCUUCGGAGGGGAAACCCUGGGCGGACACGCCAAUCAGGCUCAUUACAACUCCUCAGUAUGAAACGAAAAGGACCGACAUAUUCACAACGGGUGCCACCCAUAUGGCAUUAUUGCACAACUCGAUCCUCCGGGGCUACAAUUCCAUCUACCAACAAGCACCCCACGUCCAGCCAGACGACAAGCACCACUUUAUCGGGUACUGCCUGACGUGGUUCAAAUUCGUAAAAACGCACCACGACGACGAGGAGGAGACCCUCUUCACCAAAGUGGCGGCAGUCCUGGACGACGCGUCGGUUUGGCAAGAAACCCACAAGGAACACGAGGCCUUCCUAAGCGGCCUUGUCGACUUCCAAACCUACCUAACCUCGCUCAAAUCCCCUGUCGACUUCUCUGGCACCGAGCUGCAACGCAUCAUGUCUACCUUUCAAGAACCCUUCGACGCACACUUCCACUCCGAAAUCUCAACCAUAGCGAAUCUUGCAAAUCACCCCAAUGCGCCGAAACCCGGCUCUCCCGAAGAGGUGGCGGCGGCGGCGACGUUUAAGAGCUGGGGCAAGAGCACUGUGACCAAGGCAGGGACCCUGGACGUGGUGCCGUUCUUCCUCUUGAACCUUGAUGGAACGACCGAGGACGGCAUGUGGGCCAAUUGGCCGCCCAUCCCGGCGCCGAUUAAGUGGGGUCUGGUCAAUAUUGCCGGGUCGUAUAAUUGGGGUUGGUGGAAGUUUUCGAGUUGUGCUAAUGGGGUGCCGAAGGAGUUGUAUGCUCUACCAUCUACUGCCUCGUAA